AUGACAGUUGCAGCUGCGAUGCCCCCGGCGGCACGCCUUCACGUUCAGGAAUGCUGCUUCUCAUUAUUGAUUUUGUCGCGGGCGUGCGCAGAUUUUAUCAAAGCAUGGGAGGAACGGCGAAUUUUUGAUGACAGCGUAGUGCUUAUUAGAGUUUCGAGUACCCUGGCUUGUCGGCGGUUCGCCUGCUGUCUCACUACACAACUGAGUUUUGCGUCAUUUCGUCCUGCUUCUCCGUUAUCUUAUUCAACAACAGUUGUCAGAUUCUGUUCAACAGACGAAAAGUCGAAGAAAAUGUCUUAUGAAUUAGCCAGUGAUGGUUGCUACCUUAAAAGUGGUCCUUCCAUGAUGAGCCCAGCUGGUCCAGAAAUACGGAAGGAAGCUGAAGAGUUUAUCUCUUUCCUGAAUAAAUCCGUCACACCGUUUCAUGCUGUUCAUGAGUGCCGAGAACGUUUGUUGCAGUCAGGAUUUCAAGAACUCAAAGAAUCAGCACACUGGGAUGUGAAACCAGGAGGAAAGUAUUACGUCACCAAAAAUCGCACUUGCAUCAUCGCCUUUGCUGUUGGUGGUGCCUUUGUACCGGGCAAUGGUUUUUCUAUAGUUGUUGGUCAUACCGAUAGUCCAGCUUUACGGGUGAAACCUGUAUCUAAAAUAACGUCAGAAAAAUUCAAUCAGGUUGGCGUUUCUACAUAUGGUGGAGGACUAUGGCGCACAUGGUUUGAUCGUGAUCUUUCCGUAGCUGGAGAAGUUGUUGUCAGGGCGGGUGACACACUAGCCAGACGUCUUAUCAAUAUCGAACAUCCUAUACUGUAUAUUCCAAAUUUGGCAAUACACUUUGCAAAAGAUCGUGAUAGUUUUACGUGCAAUAAGGAAACAGACCUUAGACCAAUUCUGGAAACUGUAGCAGCUGCAGGAAUCAAUGACCAAAAGGAUAAGAAGGAAGCUGCGUGCACUGAUGUAGGCAAGGACCCCAGAGAUAUUGUCGCUGAUCAUCAUUAUAAUUUCUUGGAUGUAAUAGCAGCUGCAGCUAAUGCGAGUGCGGAGCAAAUUGUAGACAUGGACCUCUACCUCUACGAUGCUAAUCCAGCGAGAAUUGGUGGUAUUCAUGAUGAAUUUAUUACUGGCGCUCGACUUGAUAACCUUGUUGGGACCUUCACAACUAUGCAGGGAUUGAUAGCUUCACUGCUUGAUGAGCGUUUGCUGAUGGAUGAUGAAAAUAUCCGCAUGGCUGCAUGUUUCGAUAAUGAGGAGGUUGGAUCUCAAACAGCUAUGGGAGCACAAUCAUCUUUCAUUGAAUAUGUCCUGAGACGAUUAUCAGCUGGAGGAGAUCCAUUGGCGUUUGAAGAGUCAAUAGGAAAAAGCUUGUUAAUCUCUGCUGAUCAAGCACAUGCUUGCCAUCCCAACUAUCCAAAAAUACAUGAGGAUAACCAUCGUCCUGCAUUCCAUGGUGGUGUAAUUGUAAAAAUAAAUGUCAAUCAACGCUAUGCUACGACGUCUACCACUCAUGCGGUCAUUAAACAAAUUGCUGCAGAAGCAAAUGUUCCUUUGCAGAAAGUUGUAGUUCGCAAUGAUUCAUUGUGUGGAUCAACUGUUGGCCCGAUUUUGGCUGCACGCCUUGGCAUGAGAACGGUAGAUGUCGGAUGCCCAAUGUUGGCAAUGCAUUCCAUUCGUGAAAUGGCUGACACUAGCAGCAUCAGUCAAGCAACAAGGCUCUAUGCGACAUUCUUCAACAGAAUGCGAUAUGUACUGCCAUCACUCAUGUAAGAUGCUGAGUUCAAACAUAUGAAAAGAAGCGAGCUAUGGUUUCAUACAAAUUUCUACUUGCUUGAUUUAACUAUAAUAAUGUUUGAUCUUCUAGGAUUAGUUUUAUUCAAGCAUAAAGCGUUUUAAAAAAUUGUCUUUUCAUGUAGUCGAC